AUGCAGCCCCUCGACAUUGAGCAGCAGCUCCGUCUGCGGGAGGCGAUGAAGACUCAGCGUCAGGCAGCGGAAGCAACCCCAUCGCUCUCGUACAUCCACGAGGAGUACUACGCGGCGGCUGGCGAUGCUAUCACCCUCUUUGGCGGCAUCUGCGCUGUCACCGGGCUGUUGUUUCUCGCGUCAGCGCUGCUGACCAAGACAAGGCUAGCGAACACGGUGCGCCUAAGCUUUCAGCGCAGUGGUGUGAGUCUCAUUCCGCAGUGUGCAAGCCCCCCACUCUUCUCCGUCUGCAUGGCGGUGUGGAUGGGACUCUUGGGGGUGCAGUCCGUGUGCGAUGUGCUGCGGGAGGUCGCGCACCAGCACUACCGCGCCGUCAAGGAGAAAAACGUAUCGGCGCUGGCGGAUCUUUCCCUCCUUCACCGCAUCCAUGUGGGUACAGUGAACCCUCGUCCUCUCUGGGGUUUGUCAACGGAGAUCACCACACAGUACCCACUACUCAUGCAGUGGAUCAUGGCACCGACGGCGCUGCUGUUCGCGGUGCAAUACGCGGGUAUGAUUUGCAUCUGGUGCUACAUGCUCUUCUGUGGUAAGCCGCUCGAUGCUGGCUUGAUGGGUGCUCUGCUUACCUUCUUUCCAAGCUUCUACGAUGCACUGCUGCUGAACGGCAACGAGCCAGAUCGCUGGCCGGUGUGGGUCACUCUUGUGAACUUUAUGAUCAGCCUGAUGUGCGUCUGGAGCUUCGGUGCACCUCUGGUGCGGCGCGAGUACCGCGAGGUGAUGAGGGAGCUGCAAGGGCACACAGCAAAGGCGCUUUUCAAGGACCGACCGGAGAUGAGCAGGAUGCAAGCUCGCGGUGGUGCUCGAGGUGGCAGCGCAUGUAAGAAAUCGAAGUAA